GGGGCGGGGACUGCCCAAUCAGGCGCUCGGCCAGAAAAGCGGAGGCGGCUUGCGGGUGUGCCGGGCCUUUGUCUCUAGUGUCCGCACGUGCGUGGGUCGGCCAGUCGCCGCUGCCCUUCGCCUUAGCUCCCGCGGGUGCAGGAGGCUCGGUCGCAGCCCGGGGCCUCCUGUGACCUGCCUGUGCUGGGAGACGCCCCGGAAGCCGGGAAAUGGCUCACACACUUUUGCCGAAAGCCUUUGAAUGGAGGUUUCCCUUUGGAACCUUUACAUGGUGAUGUGUCCUCAGACACCCUCCUGCAUUUUCUGAAUCCUGGCUUCAAAACUGUUUGAGGAUGACAUAAUGUGCCCACACUGGCCAUGUCUCUGGGAGUGUCAUAAAUAGUGAUUGUCAGCCGUUGGGUCCUCUUCCCCAGAAGACAAGAACCCUGUCGCCUUUGAGGAUGUGGCAGUGAACUUCACCCAGGAGGAGUGGGCUUUGUUGGAUCCUUCCCAGAAGAAUCUCUAUAGAGAUGUGAUGCAGGAAACCUUCAGGAACCUGGCUUCUAUAGGAAACAAAGGGGAAGACCAGAGCUUUGAAGAUCGGUACAAAAAGUCCUGGAGAAAUCUAAGGCACAGCAUAUCUCACUCUGGAAACAACCCACAUAGCUGUGAGGAAAGCAGAGAGCAGCCAUGUACACAUAACCAGUGUCAGAAAACUUCCCUUUCUGUCACAAGGGUUCAGAGAGAGACAGUAGUGCACACUGGAAAUGGACCUUAUAGCUGUAAAAUAUGUGAGAAAGUUUUUAAUAUUCCCAGUUUAUUUCAAAUACAUCAGAGAAAUCACACUGGAGAGAAACCCAAUGAAUGUAUGGAAUGUGGGAAAGCCUUCGGGUUUUCCCGUUCUCUUAACAGACAUAAAAGGAUUCACACUGGAGAAAAACCCUAUGAAUGUAAGAAAUGUGGUAAAGCCUUCAGUCGUUCCAGUCACCUUCAUGACCAUGACAGAAUUCAUACUGGAGAGAGACCCUAUGAAUGUAAGCAGUGUGGGAAAGCCUUCCGCUAUUCCAAUGGCCUUCACUACCAUGAAAGAACCCACACCGGAGAGAAGCCUUAUGUAUGUGUGGAGUGUGGCAAAGCAUUAAGUUGUCUCAGUUCCUUGCAGGGACAUAUAAAGGCUCAUGCUGGUCAAGAACCCUAUGCAUGCAAGAAAUGUGGGAAAGCCUUCAGAUACUCCAGUUCCCUUCAGAAACAUGAAAAACUCAUACUGCACAGAAACCCUAUUUGUGUAAGAACUGUGGUAAAGUCUACAGAUGUUCCAGUUACCUUCGUAACCAUGAAAGAACUCAUACUGGAGAGAAACCCUAUGAAUGUCAGAAAUGUGGUAAAGCCUUUAGUCGUGCUAGUACCCUUUGGAAACAUAAAAAAACUCAUAUUAGAGAAAAGCCCUAUAAAUGUAAAAAAACGUGAAGGUUUCAAUCCUUUCAGUUCUUGUCAAAAACAUGAACGAUCACGUGCUUGAGAGAAACUGUGAGUGUAAGGUGUAGGACGGUAUUUAACUUUCCCAGAUUUCUUCAAAUACAUGAAAGGAAUCAAACUGGAGAUAAACCCUGUGACCCUAUAAGCAGUAUGGUAAAGCCUUUAAUUUUUCCAUUUCUUUCUAAAAACUUGAAAGGACUCACGCUGGAGGAAAUCCUUACGAAUGUAUAAAAUGUGGCAAUACAGGCGUUUGAUGGUAUAAAAACACCUGCAUUCUGGAGAAAAACUUCCUGAAUGUCUCAAAUGUGGGAAUACCUGCAUUUAUCCUGUAACUUACUCAAAGGCCUAUGGUAACACAUACUGCAAAUUGACCUUAUAAAUAAAAGAAUGCCCCCCAGAUUGAAACCUUAGUAGCUGGGGAAAUACAUAAAAUUGCAAAUUUUAGCAGUUACUUUAAAAGUUAUGUGAAAACUCCUGCUGGAAAUAAAUUCUGUAAAUGUAAGUAAUAUGGAAAGCUUUUGCAAAUUAAUUAUAGUACAAUUCUCUAGAAAAUUCACUACGUGAAUGAGAUGUUUUAGGAGCUAUAAAUGAGUUGAAUUGAUCAAUUCUCAUUUUUAAAGAGAGUCUCUAGAAUAUAGUUUUUCACUUACUUUGCAAACAAACAUAGAGGUGAGACUUCUGUAAGUACUUUUCAAGCAACAGUACAAGAGUUAAAUAUGUAUUUUUAUUUUAAAACUAGUAAAUAAAUUUUAUUUUUCUACCUAAAGUGUGUUGGACAUGUUCAUUUUCCUUCUUUUCCUUUUUUUCUUGCAUAGCCAUUUUUAAAAAAUUUUGUGGGUUCCAUACUAGGUGUGUGAAAUGUAUUUCUGACAUGUAUAUGUAAGUUUAUAUAGCUGUUUGGUUAAUUGGCCAUUGAUAAAUGAGUCUUUGUGAAUUGCUGGGAUUUUUUUACUGGCUAUAUAUGGCAGGAUUUGUAUAUUUUUCAACCACUAUAGAUAUGUUCCAUAUUUUACUUGACAAAAACUAUUCUCUUUGUGUGUAAAAAAAAGUUUAUUUUCUUUGCUAAUAAAGAGUUGCUGUCAAUUUGUAA